UUCAGAGGAGGCAUCGUGGAAUGAUUGUGGCUGAGAUCAAAGGCCGGACCAAAGUACACAAAGAGGAUGGAGACAUCCUGGCCUCCAGUUUCCCUGUGGACACACAGGUAGCCUACAUCCUCAGCCUGGGAGUGGUCAAAGAGUUCAGGAAACAUGGCAUAGGCUCCCUACUGCUGGACAGUUUGAAGGAGCACAUCUCAACAACAGCAGACCACUGUAAGGCAAUCUACCUACAUGUCCUCACCACCAACAACACUGCCAUCCACUUCUAUGAGAACAGGGACUUCAGGCAGCACCACUACCUGCCCUACUACUACUCCAUACGAGGAGUCCUCAAAGAUGGAUUCACAUAUGUGCUCUACAUCAAUGGGGGUCAUCCACCCUGGACAAUAUUUGACUAUAUCCAGCACAUUGGUUCCACCCUGGCCAGCCUGAGCCCCUGCUCCAUCCCACAGAGAUUGUACCGACAGGCUCAGUCCCUGCUGCGCUCUCUGCUGCCCUGGUCCAACAUCGCCUCCAAGACUGGCAUACAGUACAGCAGAACAAUGUGACAUAACAUGGAGCACAAGUGUUCAGUUUUUCAUCAGUCUUCCCCUGUACACACCAAGAUGUACACACAUGCACUCACAUUCUUAAUCACGUAUGGCUUUCCACACCCUGUGCAUGACACAGGACUCAGGUUCAACCUGUGUUUGACCGUUCACGUACUGGAAUAUUUCUCCACAUUCAAUAUACAUUUGGCACUGCUCACACAUGAUCCGGGUCAGCAGCUGUAGUUCUGCACCCACUACUAAACAGGGUUAUUGCAUUGCAACAUCAUUCAAAGUGCAAUGUUGUGUUCACACUGACAGACCGUGCGAUCUGGUAAAACCACAGGAUUUCUUUUAGUUGUUCAGGUACUAUACUGUCCCAUAUUACUCUAUCCCAUAAUUACAGUAGUGACCUGUUGUGUUUGCCCAGUCAUACCAAAGCUGAGCAGUGUCAGACCCGCUUUCGCCCCAGGCAGCAGAGCACGGUGGAGGACCUGGUUCUUUUAUGUUGGCCCAGGAACACAGACGGCAAGCACAGGUCAUUCUUUUGUUGAGAAAGGGGUGUAACACACACUGGGAUCCCUACAGAGACUAAAGGUUCAAACCUUGUCUAUCUUUCUGUCUCCCUUCAUCCUGUUCACUACUGUCACAGAGACUAUGUAUACUGUUUGUAUAUUAUAUAUACUAAGCUAAUAUAUAAAUUUCUCUCAAUA